AUGGGUAGUGAUUUGAACUCGGGAGAUUCAAAAAUUCAUCCCUUUGAAUCUUUACAAAAGGCAACGUUGUCAAUAAUUUCCAGUGAAGUUAUCAAACCAGUGACCAUUUAUAUAAAAUCGGGGUAUUAUCCACUUAUUAACAACUCAAUUGAAAUCACAAAAUGGACAUUUAAAAACAGUACAAUAUUACGCCCACUCACAUUGACCAAAUAUCCCAAUGAAGACCCGCCAGUUAUAACAGGUGGAGUCAAAAUUCCGAUAUCUUCAUUUCGUUCACUAAACUCGGAAACCGAUAAAGAACAAUACGAAAAAAUUCAGAGUUCAAAAAAGUACAUUAAAGUGUGUGAUUUGGAUAAGUUGUAUGACCGAAUUGACUUAGGAAUUUUUGAAGCAAAUUCAAAUGCUGAAAUUUAUGUCGACGACAAACGGUUCUGUGUGGCUCGGUACUUAAAUUACGAAUGCACAGACACUUCACAUCAAACCGAGCAAAUUUACAUAUUACCACCAACUGACACCUUAGUUCAACUCACACCAAAUGUGACUGGAUAUUAUAUCUUAAGAAAAGAAAUUCUUUGUGGCAAUGAGACGACUUUUAAAAGUGAACAGAGUGUGAAUGGAAAGUACUAUUAUCUCUAUAAGAACGAUUCCAAUUACUGGACACUAUCAACACACUUUGAUUGUGGUGUCCCGACACAAAAUGAUGGGGCUUAUUUCACGGUCAAGCGAACUGUGAUGGCUGGAGAAGUCAAAGCUGUUCAAGAGUCUGGCGCAAAGGGCAAUCCUAUGCUUCAACAGCCAAAUUAUAUAUACAGAGGAAAUAUGUGGACUGCGUAUGCACCAGAAAAGAUGGGGAAAACAUUUUAUUAUGCAAAUGACAAAUUAGAUGAAUAUGCAAAAUAUGACUCUGUGUGGAUGAGAGGGUAUUGGCUCAUCUUUUCACAGGACCAAGCAGUCAAGGGAAAGAUCGAUAAAAACAAAAGAACAUUAACUAUUGAUAGAGCUUUGGGUGGUUCAGAUUACGUAGGGAUGACAAGUGGAAUGCCAUUCUAUAUAUACAACUUGAUAGAAGAAUUGGAUGAAGAGGGUGAGUACUCUAUUAUUUAUGAAAUAAAGAAAUUGUAUAUCUACUUGCCGGCUACUGUUAAUAAAAUGUGGAUAUCACAAACCACUUCAUUAUUUAUUAAUGUACACACUUUCAAUAAUUUGACCAUUCAAAAUAUCAUAUUUGAAUAUACACGAAAAAAUAUGAUAAGCUUUUAUUUAUCAAAUAAUAUUCUCGUCAAAAAUUGCACUUUUAGACACUCGGGGUUAAUGGGUAUUUCUUUUUCGGGUAAUUAUUCGACAAUAACUCAUAACAUUUUUACGACAUGGGAGCAGAGGGUGUAG